AUGGCCAUGAAUACUCAAUGGGACCCCGUAUUUUUCUAUUCCGCUGUCAAUCCCUCCUCUUUCCAGAAAGGAUUCAUAGACCACAUGCGCUUCCUAACCGCCGGCGUGUUUCUCGGCGUGGGCCUCCUGCACAUGCUCCCAGACGCCGUAGAAGGCUUCCAAGCCCUAGACUGGUCGCCGCCCUCAGCCUUCAAUAUAGUCACAUACGCCUGGCGAGAUCACCUUCGCCACAGUCCCGGCAACCAGCCACUCCUAUCCUCCGCGGAUCCAGCUGCAGCAGACGACAACGAUCCGUUCCCCAUCCCGUACCUCCUGUGCGCGUUGGGGUUCAUUCUAGUGUGGUACGCGGAGCAGCGCUUCUCUUCCGCCGCUUCGCCCUCCCCCUCCCCCCAGGAGAUCCAGAAGAUGAUGGCGGUUGCAGCAGGGGCGGAGUCACUCGGGGGAGGCAGUAUCUGCUACGUGCAGGUGCAACCAGUGGCGUCAUACGGGCCUGUGCAGUGCCCGUCGCCUACUAGAAUGCGCUCUGCUGCUGCUCUGGCGGGCCUUCCACAGUCUGCCAUGCAAGCAGCGAUGUAUGGAGCUGCGUCUGCAUCCUCCUCCUCCCCGCUCGGCCCCUCGGGAUUGUCGUCAUCCUUUGCUGGCGGUUUUGCUGCCGGUUCUGUGUCUCCUUACGCGUCUCCUUCCCCCAGUCGCGUGUGCCACCAUACCGACCAGCAGCAGCAGGGGCGGGAGAAGCAGAAGAGGAAGAGUCACGAGCAUGAUCAGGAUGCGCAUACGCAUGAUCACAGCCACAAGCACGGCAGCAGUAGUAGUCACGGCCAUGCCCAGGGGCCACACGCCAGUUCCGCCCACCACCACGCGCACGAGUGGCAAGACGAGGUGGGCGUGCGGUGGAGAGGGGUGCAGGGCGGCACAGAGGACGACGCCUGUGCGGGUCUGCACCGUCACACGCACACCACGCACCACCACCACAUAGUGCUCCCCUCCAGGGGCGGGCUCUCGUACCUGCUCACUGCGCUGCUCUCAAUGCACUCGUUUGUCGUGGGCGCGGCACUGGGCACGUCGGGGACGCUGCAGGGGACGGUGGGGCUCAUCAUUGCGCUCAUUGCUCACAAGUGGGCCGAGGCCUUUGCUGUUGGCGUGCAGUUUGUGAGGGAGAGUGUGCCGGUGCCCAAGAUGGCGGCCAUUCUGCUGCUAUACUGCGCCAUGACACCCACCGGCAUCGUCGUAGGCAUGCUUGCCAACUCCCUUGCUGGUCCCCGAGCCAUGCUCGUUGCCGUUGUCACACAAGCGUUCGGUGCAGGUACGGUUUUAUACAUUGCGAUGCUGGAGCUUGUGGAGAAGCAUUCAGGCGCCCAGGGGUCAAGCAUACUGGAUCUGUUGCUGCUGCUCGCAGGGCGGGGCUACCUCGUCCAGUCUAGCCAGAUGCUGCGCGUGUCCGCUCCUCCCUCGCGCUCUCUCCUCGCCCCGGAGUCGCUAACUACAGCAGCGAAGCUCACCGUCGUCGCGUCGCGAACUCUCACCGCCUGGCAACCCCACAGCGCAGCAACAGCAGCAGCAGCAACCCAGGAGCUUUCCAGUCGUCGUCUGCACCGCAGCACCGGAGCUCCUUAUUUUGCUCGUUCACCAGAUCGAUCGUCCGGUGCCGCAGCGACCGCGUCGCUUCGUCUAUCUCUCACUGGUUCUGCCGCCACCUCCUCCCACGCUAGGUCUUCCUCCCUCUCCUCCUGUUCCUCCUACGCGCCUCGCUUCGCCUGUACUUUUGCGGCUGAUUCUCGCGCUCGGUCCGCUCCCCGCUCCGCCGCUCCCCGCGCAUCCGCCAGCGCCGGUACCGCGUCCGCCAUGGCUACCAAGUCCGCAAGAGCCGCGGAAGCGCUGCAACGCGUUAAGGAUGCCGGUCUAUUCCGCGACCAGUGCCUUAUCGGGGACAGCUGGGUUGGGCCUCGUGACGCCGGCCCUACUAUGGACGUAGUUAAUCCAGCCACGGGGGACCUUAUAACGCGUAUCCCGAAUCACGGGUACGACGAGACGCGCCAGGCCAUCGCCGCCGCGUCCGCGGCCUUUCCUGGUUGGUCGACGCGCACCGCGAAGGAGCGCGCCGCGGUGCUGCGCAGGUGGUACGAACUAAUAAUUGCGAAUCGCGAGGAGCUCGCGCUGCUGAUGACUCUGGAGCAGGGAAAGCCGUUGGCCGAGGCGCGCGGCGAGGUCGACUACUCCGCGGGAUACGUGCAGCUAUACGCGGAGGAAGCGACGCGGACCUACGGCGAUAUCAUCCCCGCACCGCUAGCGGACAGGCGGAUUCUGGUCCAGAAGCAGCCGGUGGGGGUAGUAGCAGUAAUUACCCCGUGGAAUUUCCCCCUCGCGAUGAUUGCGCGCAAGGUCGCGCCUGCUUUAUCGGCGGGUUGCACGGUUGUCGCGAAGCCGUCGGAGCUCACCCCGCUCUCCGCGUUCGCGCUCGCGGAGCUGGCGUUGAAGGCGGGCGUGCCGCAUGGGGUGAUUAACAUCGUUGUAGGCGACGCGCCGCCCAUCGGACAGGCGAUUAUGGAGAGUUCCGAGGUGCGGAAGCUGAGCUUCACCGGGUCUACUGCCGUAGGGCGGCGCCUCAUGGCGGGCGCCGCGGCGACGGUGAAGCGGGUGUCUUUAGAACUCGGGGGAAACGCGCCGUUUAUAGUCUUCGACGACGCUGACGUGGCGGUCGCCGUGAAAGGGCUGCUCGCGGCGAAGUUCCGGAACGCGGGGCAGACGUGCGUGUGCGCGAAUCGCGUGCUGGUCCAGGAGGGAAUCUACGACGAAUUCGUCUCCGCAGUCAAAACAGCCAUGGAGCAGCAGUUAACUGUUGGAUUUGGGCUCGAGGACGGGGUGACUCAAGGGCCGUUGAUCAACCAAGCAGCAGUGGAGAAGGUGGAAAGCCAUGUAGCCGACGCGGUGAGUAGAGGAGGCAAGGUGCUGCUAGGAGGCUCUAAAGCCCACCCGUCCUACCUCUCUGCCCCGGCCGGAGAGCUACCAGAGAAGCUCCCUGGAUGCUUCUUCCAGCCAACGCUCGUGGUAGAUGUUCCUUCGGACUGCCUGUGCUUCCAGGAGGAAACAUUCGGGCCGCUGGCCGCUGUUCACAAAUUCUCCUCUGAAGCCGAAGCGCUGCGCAUUGCGAAUGACUCGGAGUUUGGUUUAGCUGCGUAUGUGUACUCGCGGGACAUGGGGCGGUGCUUUAGGGUUGCGGAGGGGCUACAGGCGGGGAUUGUGGGCGUGAAUGAGAGCGCGAUCAGCACGGAGGUGGCGCCGUUUGGAGGGGUGAAGCAGUCGGGCAUGGGGCGCGAGGGGUCGCGGUAUGGGCUGCAGGAUUAUAUGGAUUUGAAGUAUGUGUGCCUGGGAAACCUCAAGUGA